UCUCUCUCACGCAUAUAAUCUUCCCACUACUACGCAUACAUUAAGAAGAUGAAUAGAAGGAAUUGGACUGGGCUCAUGUUGUCAUUCUAAGGAGAGACAAAUAAUUUUUUUACUUCAUUUUUCUAUACUCAUUGUACAGGUCACUCAUUGAUCAAAAUGGGGGUGAAAGACCGCCCUCAGUGCUACUUUGAUGUCGAGCUCAACCGAGAACCAGUUGGGCGCAUAGUCUUUCAACUUUUCUCAGAUAUUUGUCCCAAGACAAGCAAAAACUUCCUUUGUUUGUGCACUGGUAAGAAAGGAACUGGAAAAACCACAGGGAAAAAGCUUUGUUUUAAAGGUUCCACAUUUCACAGAGUUGUAAAGAACUUCAUGAUCCAGGGAGGCGACUUCACUGAAGGAAAUGGAAGAGGAGGAGAGUCGAUAUAUGGUGGUUACUUUGAAGAUGAGAACUUCAUUCUCAAACACGACAGAGCCUUCCUGUUGUCGAUGGCCAACCGCGGGAAGAACACCAACGGUUCACAGUUCUUCAUCACAACCAAGAUGGCACCUCAUCUAGAUGGAGUCCAUGUGGUCUUUGGCCUUGUCAUCUCUGGCUUCGAGGUGAUAAAGAAGAUUGAGGGGCUGAAGACUGACUCAGCUAGCCGGCCUUACGCUGAUGUCAGAGUGGUCGAUUGUGGACAGCUGAUCACUAAGUCUGCUAAUGAUGUACUCGAGGGAAAGAGGAAAAGGAUGUCCCAUUCAAGAGACUCUUCCCUCAAUUCUCACGAGUCGUCCUCUCAGCCCUCCUCCUCCAUGGAGUCUGAGAGUGAGCAGGAUGAAAAGCGCAGACAUCGUAAGCACAAGAGACAUGCAAAGUGCAGACGUUCCAAAAAGAAAAGGAGAGAGGCCAAGAGGAAGCGCACUGACCAAAGUCCUGUGGAACGUGAUACUACCGAGGGAGAAGAUGAGGAGGGAGAGAUGGUGCAGGGUGCAAAGAGAGGGAAGCCUGUGGUCCGACCAGAAGAGAUCCCACCUGUCCCAGAGAACCGCUUUCUCUUGAGACGGGACAUGCCGUCUCAGGAAGAGAAGCCAGAGGCAACUGAACAAAAUGAACCAUCUGUUACAAGUGACCUGAAACCAACAGUCACCAAGUCGGGGCGAAAGAUCAAAGGCAGGGGAACAAUGCGAUACCACACUCCGACAAGGUCUAAAUCCCGCUCUGCAUCUUUGGAGGAGCGUGGUAGCAGUGACACACCACCGCACUGGAAAGAGGAGAUGAAGAGAACCAAGGUUUAUCAGCCACCCAAUGUGGAAAGAUGGAGCAAAGGAGACAAAUUAAAUGACCAUUCUCCAAGCAGAUGGGAUGACAGAAGUGACUCUGCAUGGUCCCAAUCAUCAGAGCGUUCUUCAGAACACAGCUCUGACAGGUCCAGCUUGCACUAUCCACUCAAGAAAGGGAAGAAGAGAGUUAAACACAAGAAAAAGGCUAAAAAACACAAACAGGGCAAGAAGAAGGGCUUCAAAAGGAAAUCUCAAGAGCUUCACUUACCAGAGGAGAAAAGAUCACCGUCUUCGAGAAGAAGGUCAAAGUCUAGUAGAUCCUGCUCACCAUGUCAUUCUUCUAGCCAUCGAAACUUAGCCACUAGCAGGAGACGGUGGUCCCCCCUGUCCUCCAGAGACUCACGGUCACGGUCUUAUUCAAAGUCUUACACAUCCAGUCGAUCCAGAUCUCGGAGAAUGUCUAAAUCUUACUCAAGAUCCAGAAGCCUGCCCAGGUCUAGAAGUCAGUCCCUGUCCAGAUCCAGAUCUCGGUCCUUUUCUCAUUCUCGGUCAAGAUCUAGUUCGAGAACAAGAUCAAGAUCAAGAUCUUUGUCACGGUCCAGAAAAAGGAACCUGUCCAGAUCUCCUAGAAAGAGCAAGUCAAAGCCAGAGGUCUCAGUCCAUGUGCCAGAGAAGAUUCCUGAGAACAAAGUCACACCUGUUCCCAGACUCCCCACAGUCCCAGCCCCAGAAAGUGUCCCAGUGAUCCCACUGAGUGACAGCCCUCCACCCUCACGUUGGAAACCAGGCCAAAAGCCCUGGAAGCCUUCCUACAUCCAUGUUCAGGAAAAAAAACCAAAGCCUCCCCCAAAUACCCUUUCCUCCACUCGACAAGAAGCCACCGACAUUGUGGAGAAAGUACAGACUUCAGUUACUCCCAAGUCCCACACAGAGGACUCUCAAAGUGUGAAGUUAAGUCACACUGAGAACACCCACAGAUCAGCACAGCACUCACCCAGUGUGUCCAGCAGAAGUAACUCCUACAGCCCUUCAUAUAGUCGCUCUAGGAGUAGAAGUCGGUCCAGAUCUCCUCAACAUUGUGAUAGCAGAGCAUCAUCUUAUAGCAAGUCAGACUCAGAAAGCUCUCACAAGAAAGGCAGUGUGAGGAAAAGUUCAUUAGAAAAGGAAUGGAAGCAAUAUUACAGUUCUCUAAGGAGAAUAAAAAACUUAGAUAAGUAUGUUUCACUCAGUGCGAGUAAAGGUCUCCCCAUGGGGUCAGAUGACAGAACAGGAAGUGAGCAUAGCUCAAGGGAAAAUGACUCCGUAGGGAAAGUAGUAGAGAAAGGCGUCUCCCAGGAGAAAGGUAAAAAUCGUCCCAAUUCAUUGCUUGCGGAGAACAUCAACAGCAGGUCUGAAUGGGAUAGUGAUGGUGAUAAAGACGAUCAAAUCAACAAUGCAAACAAUAUAUCAAAAAAACAGAAGCCAUCGGUUAACACCAGUGAAAUUUUACAAAAGGGGUCAUCUUCCCUUGCUGGAUGGGAUUCUGAGAGUGACUUUGAAAAGGUGCAAUCUAAGAUAACAGCCAUCUCUGAGAAAGAGGAAGGGGAAGCCAGUUCAGAAUCAGAAUGUGAGACCAGCAGAAAGACCGAAGCACCCAAGAAAGCUGUUGCUCCUGACAUGUCACAGGAGAGUCCUGAAAAGGUCACUGACCCAGAAAGACGCAAGACCAAGAAAAAGGUUAAACGGAAGCAUAAACAUAAAAGGAGAGGCGAGACAAAAUCUGGCUCCCACCGCACUAAAGACAAGGCAAAGAGAUGUAAAAGGAAGCAUCAGAAAUUGAAAGAAACCUUUCACUGGCAGCCACCUUUAGAGUUUGGAGAGGAAGAAGAUGAAGAUGAAUCCCAAAAAGAGAAACGUAUGGAACAGAUGCAUGCAGCGGGGACUGAUAACCCUGCUGGAGUUGUUGACAAAAAAGCUAAAAAAUCUUCAGGUGUUGAAAGUAUAGAUAAGAAAGACCACAGUUUCACCACCUCUAAUAAGAAUGCUUCAAUAGAGACAGAGCCACACAAAAACAUGGGCAAUCAACAGAGAAAAAAAUCUCUUCAGGAAAAUCCCAAACAAACAAAUAUGCAGGAGCAAUCAUCAAACAAAAACAGUGCCAUCAACACAAAUUUACCCACUGCCCAAGAUCAGGCAGGGCCAUUAGAUGAUAUGGACAUAUGUACCCCAGACCAUGACACUGAGAACAUUGAUGAGCCUUCAGUUACUCAGGAUUCUAUCAACAAUCCAACUGACUUCAACCUGAAAACUACCUCCAUCCCUUUAAAUAAGACAAGUAAAGAUGGUGACCAUUUGCCGCACCCUCAUGACACAGAACAGCAAUCUGCUGCACCCUCUGCCACAGCAGCUGGUGGACUGCAAAAUGAAGCGAUCCUGGGCAAAUCAGCAGAAGCUGUAACUGACCUAAAAUGGAAGCCUCUGAAAGGAAUGUCAACUCAACAGACAAUGAAUCUGCCAAGUCUCACCAUGAAGACAAUUAGACUUCCAGAGACUCAGACCCCAAAGGUCCAGGGCGUCAGGAUGGAGAUAAAAAGCAAGAACAGAGUCCGACCAGGAUCACUGUUCGACGAGGUUCGCAAGACUGCUCGGCUCAACCAGAGGCCCAGGAACCAGGAGAGCUCUAGUGAGGAAAAAUCCCCUUCUGUGGUCAGGACGAGGGGGGAGUCCGGUACCCGGUCCCCCAGGAAAUCUCGCUCUGCGUCCAGUCACCAUUCCCGCUCUAGAGGGCAUUCCCACUCUUACAGCAGGUCCAGAAGUAGAUCCCGCAGUUCCAGCUACUAUUCCAGGAGCCGUAGCCGAAGUCGGAGAAGACAUGGCAGAGGACGAACUCGCUCCCGCAGUAGCACAUACCGCAGCUACAGGAGUCAUAGUCGAACUUACAGCAGAAGCCAUUCCAGAAGUCGCUCAUAUGAUCGGCGUAGGAGAUCCAGGUCGGACUCAUAUGACAGCUACUCCAGUCGGAGUCGAAGCCGGAGCGUGAGCAGAAAACGGGGGCGUAGACGAAGUGACAGCUACAGGAGCUCAGACCACCACUCCCGAUCCUACCGCUCUUCCAGCCGCAGUUCCUCCAGACACAGGAGUCACAGCCGAAGCAGUAGGUACAGCUGAAUCAGUCCUCAAUAAACGUUGUCCGACUGACUUCACCCAAGGGGGGAAGAGGACCACACUCUGGCCACUGCGCACAUAAAAAAAAAGCAGCUGAAUUUGUCGGAACCCGCAUCACAACCGGGAAAUGACUGGUCAAAGAACAACAGACGCACCUCAUUUUUCCUGUUUCAACCUGCUCUCCCGUACACAGCGAUGCCAACACCCGUGGCCCUCACGACUGCCACUGCCACGGAGGAAGAGCAUGGUCCAGAAUGUACAGAAACUACAUUUGAGCCAAGCUAAAGAGAAGGCAGAAAUUCGGUCACCCCCCCACCCACCCACCCACCACCACCACCACCACCUUUUCAGUCAUGGCUGAGCAGGUCUGGGUUUAACGGUUCAAACAGUUGUGCGAUGGAGCUCUAACAACAAUUUGCUAUGUGGAAUUCAUACUUUUAUACAGGGUUAAAGUCACAAAACUGUAAAUACUUUGACUAUAGAAAUUUUUCUUUUUUUGUACUCUAGUAUACUGUAUUCCAUUUCUAUACACUGAAAUAAUUGAAUGUACCAUAGUCUAAUCCUCUGCUUGAGUCUGAUAGGAUUGAGAAGUAAGUGGUCACUUUAAAUAUGCAUGUACUUCAACAACACUUUAUAUUGUGGUCCCUGUGACAAGUGGAUCUGGGAUAGUGUUGCUCACACUGCCCGAACACAAUCGUUCUUGCAAAAGAAUUAAGACCAUCCAACGAAAAUAACUCUUUUUUUAUAUAUAAGUAUCUUAACUUGUUCAUAAAGUGGAAUUUGGUGUUUGAUAGGUUUGUUACAUUCAAGAAACUAUCUUCCAAAAAGUUACACUUUUGACUGGUCUGUCCACAGGACAUUAUCCCAGAAGGCUUGGGGGUCAUUAACAGAGCACCAUUGUUUCUCUUAGCAGAGCUUUGCACCUUGCACCUCUCCCAUGAUUUCCAUUUUUGUCCGGUCUCUUUCCUGUUGUUGAGUCAUGAACGGUGACCUUGGCUGAGGCCAGCGAGGCCUGCAGUUCUUUAGACGUUGUCCUGGGGUUUUUGUGACUUCCUGGAUGAGUCGUCCUGGCCGGCCACUCCUGGGAAGAUUCACCGCUGUUCCAAGUUUUCUCCACUUGGAGACAGUGGCUCUCACUGUGGGUCGCCUGGGUCCCAGAGCCUUACAAGUGGCUUUGUAACACUUUCCAGACUGAUAUAUCCCAACAACUUUUUCCCCCCCUCAUCUCUCCUGGAGUUUCAUUUGAUGGCAUAGUGUGCUGCUUGUUUAGACCUUGCAGCCAGUACAGGGCGCCGGGGCGCCGCCCCCUUCAGACAUCAAGCGAUGGAAUCUACUUAAACAUGUUAAAUAUAAUUUAGCUGUAUAAUCCCAAUAAUUAUGAAAUAAAAGUGUGUUUCAGUCUGUGAGCGCCUGUCAGCAGCCAUUAAAUAUUGGCUCCAAAUGGUAUUUGGUUGAUAUCUGUCUGAAUACGUGUACUUCCUGGGUGAGGGGCGCCGGCCAGACGAUACCUUAUGUAAGCUCUCAAACUUGCGGCGACCUGAGGCUGCCGUCUGAUUGGUUUCUUGAGAUUUUCCAUGGGGCGCAGCUCUGUGUUGCCCCAGACGCUCCCACUGGUAUUGUUUUAAUGUUUUUUUUUUAUCUAAUGGAAUUGGACAACUCUCGUCGCUGUCAAUCAUGUUCACACCCACCACGACAGCUCGUCUCGACUGUCAAUCAUCCGCCGUCUGCGACCCCUGAUCAGAUCUACAGGCUACAUUGUCCUCCUUAAUAGCUCCGUGGCUGUGUGGACGUUAAAGCAGCUGUCAGGUGUGCUGCGCCAAGGUGAAUUGCACACCCCACCCCACCCCCCAAAAAUGUUUUAUCAGCAGCCGCCACUGCUUGUAGCCCAUUUCACAUUGAGGGUGAGGUUCUACAUAAGUCAUGUGUGGAGUCGUCAGGGCCGGCAGUAAUCAGGCCUGGGUGUGCACUAAUAGAAUCCAAUAAUCAGUUAGGUUUGGUUGAUUGUGUAACUAAGGGCACAACUACUUCUUCACACGGCCAGUUG